CUCCGGCCCUUUAGUUUUCUGGUUCACAUCGUCAAUUCUUGGAAGAUGAGGAUGCCCUAAAACCCUAUACCCGAGCCACAGAGAGUGAGAGUGAGAGUGAGAAAGAAAGAGCAGGCGGCAGACGGCAGGCGGCAGGAAAAAUAUGAGUCUCGCGCUCACUACUUGCGCAAAACUUCCCUUUGGUUUCGAAGCUAGGGCGUUAAUCAACCUCAGUAGGCGGGAUCUUCCUUGUCAUAGCUUCUCUGGAAGGCCAAGAUCCCUUCAUAGGCUGGCUCCAACAUUAUGCUCAACAAAGGCUUCAGCGGGUAAACAUAUCAGCUAUGUGACCGAGUUUUCCUCUUACCUGCACGAUCUCACAGGCCGAAUUUUGGAUGCCUCUCCACAACCCCUAAAAGAAUUUCCAUGGGAGAAGGCAAAAUUAAUGGUUAGGGAGCGCCUUCUUGUCCUUGGAAAGAAUAUGCUGGCAUGGUCCCUUGUUACUCUGCUUAUUUGCAAUAUUUUAUAUGACGCCCUUAUGGCAGUUUUUAUCAGCAGAGAGCUUUUGGUUCCGUUGGGUCUGUUCACUGGUGUUCUUCUGGCAGACUUCCUAAAUGAAACCUGUCAAGAGCUCUUUCAAAGUAAGGCAAAGGGUGGAAAUGAUAUGCAACUGCUUUGGGGCAUCGGUUUAUUUUUUCUGGCGCUAAGAUUUAUUUUUUUGAGGUUCAGAAUAGUAGGGUGGAUGCUUUUCUGCCACAUUGGUAAUGGUGGAUUGAUGCAAAUCUUAUGGCUGGCGAAGGAGAUGCAGCAAGCUGAAAUCCUUCAGAAUAAGGAAGAAGAAGUGGAUGCCCUGCCUCCUUCCUGAGGCUGAAUUGCGGCUCAUUGCAUGUUGAAAAUGACAAAUAAGUCAUAUGGGGCUCAUGGGCAAGCUAUAGAUCUCGUGGUUCAAGAGACUUUGACAUUAUAUUUAUGAACUCUAAAUAAUCUUUUUACCCCUUCAGCGACCUCGAGCUGGUUGUUACAAUCAUAUAGUGAAGAUGGUCAAGAAUAGCAGAAAGGAGCUUAGUGCUGCAAUCAUCCUUUCUAAUGUCAUUGCUGAAAUAUUUUCAAGACGUGCUUUGAAGUUUGCCAAAUCCCAAUUAUUUGCAGUUGAAUUUUUGAAUUUCUAGCCUUCAAAAAAUAUUUUUUAUUAGCCGACAAAGCAUACAAAAUUUAGAUUGUCUUUUUUUACUCUGAACGUUUAGGAGAGUAACUUGCAAAAUUUUUUAAGGGAAAAU